AUGGAAGAAGAGGAAGAAGGACCAUCCUAUUAUGCAUAUUAUGAUCAAGAGAACGAGACAUAUUACUAUUUCAAUAAUCAAACGAAAGAAACCUGCUGGAUUUAUCCAACAGAUGGCGACGUUUUAGAUCCACGAACUGGAGACAUUUUUCCAGAUCCAGACAAAGCUGAACCGGAGCCAUAUGGAAGGCGUUCUUCAUAUGAUUCAUCCGAUAUCAAUUCUGUCUCAAAUUCGUCAAAAAUGAAUCGUUCUACAGUAGCUUGGACGCCCAGACCUCGAUUUUCCACAUUGAUUCUUAAUUGUGGAUCAAGUAGUACAUUCAAAGUGUCAAUUCCAGAAGAAGUUCUCAGGUAUGAUCCAAAAUAUCAUCGCGCGCAAGAAGCAGGUCAAGUAAUCACAAAUGACAGCGAAUCAAAGGACGACAGCGGAGGUACAUCAGAAGAGAAUUCUACUGAUCCAAAUCUUUCUGCAAAACCAAGAAUAUUCUCUUAUGAUCAAAAAUUUCCUCGUAAACAGCAAAAGAGCAUCAACUUAAGCUCCAACUCUAAUUACAUGGAUACGAAGAUACGCGAAAGUGCAAGCGGUGGCAUUGCUCUUCAAGAUUUUGCUCGAGAACAUUUCAAAAAAGCUCAUCGAGGUUUUUCAAGGCAAUCUGUAUCAAUGGACACUCUGACAUCAUACGAAAAAGAGUGUAUUUCCGAACCAUUGCUCAGUAACCUCCCAGACAGCCUUCAAAAAUCAGCAAUUCAUAUGUUCAAACAAAUUCUGGAAUAUACAGGAGCAAACGGCAAACAGAGAAACGACAACGCCUCAGUAGAGCUCGUUCGUACUGUUUUAAAGGACGACAGACUCAUCGAUGAGUGUUAUUUUCAACUCAUUAAGCAAACGAACGGAAAUCCUCACAAAGAUAUUCUUGGCUACACAUGGGAGUUGUUCUGCAUAAUCGCAACGAUCUUCCCGUGCAGCAAAGAUGUCGAAGUUUGGAUCCAAGCUCAUAUUGCAUCUUCAAUUUCGAACGAAGACACAAAGAUACGGCUUUUAUGUACAUUCACAUAUAUCAGAUUUACAUCCCGAUGCUCUACAGGCGAAACCAUGCAAAAUGUAACAGACGCGUACAUCAAAGAAAUUCCGAUCCACUACAGAACUACGAAUCUUACAUUUGGCGUAUCCCUGUACGAACUCAUGUGGGGCCAGCGUCGUAUCAUGCCUCAAUGUCCCUUGCCUUACUUCCUUGUCCAGAUAAUCAGAGCCCUCAUCGACGCCGGCGCAUUUACUAGGGAAGGAAUCUUCCACAUCACCGGAAACAUCAAGAUUGUCGACGAACUAGAGCGCGCGAUCAACAUGGGCGACGUUGUCCUCGACACAGCCGAUGUUGACGACCUCGCAUCACUUCUGAAGAGGUUUUUCAGAGAGUUAGUUGGUCGGGUCGUUCCACAGUCAGAGAUUGGAUACAUGGCUCAGAGUAUUAAAGAUGGAACAGCGAUUGACUUCGCUGCGAACCUUCCUCCAGUGAAGUCCAUAACUUUGGCUUAUUUGGUCGGAUUUCUUCAGGAACUCGUUCAGCACCAGGACAAAACACACAUGUCUCUGAAGAAACUGGCCGCUCUCUGGGCUCCGAACAUCAUGCAGGAGGAUCUGAAGAAUCCAAACAAUAUCAUUGUGUCUGAAAAGUUCCUGGAAACAUUGAUUACAAACUGGGACGUGUCUGAUGUUUAUCCUUACAAAGGACAACUCUUGUGA